AUGGAGGAGGAAAAUCUGCCACCUGGCUUCAGGUUCCAUCCUACUGAUGAAGAACUCAUUUCUUAUUAUCUCACUCACAAGCUUUCUGAUUCUUCUUUCACUUCCAAACCAAUUGGGGUUGUGGAUCUCAACAACAAUGAGCCUUGGGAUCUCCCUGCUAAAGCUUCGAUGGGAGAGAAGGAGUGGUACUUUUUUAGCUUGAGAGAUCGGAAGUACCCGACUGGGCUUCGGACCAAUCGAGCGACUGAAGCGGGUUAUUGGAAGACGACGGGAAAAGAUAAGGAGAUCUUUGGUGAUGGUGUUUUGGUGGGAUUGAAGAAAACUCUUGUGUUUUAUAAGGGAAGAGCUCCGAGAGGUGUGAAAAGUAACUGGGUCAUGCAUGAAUACCGCUCACUAAACAACCAUUUUUUCAAACGCUCGAAGGAAGAAUGGGUAGUUUGCAGGGUGUUUGAGAAGCAAAACACAGGAAAGAAGCCACAGCAGUUGUCAUCAUGUCGUGAGACAAACUCAAUUAUGAAUGAAUUUGGAGAGAUUGAGGUAUCAAAUUUGAGUAAUUUCAGCAACAUUUCAGCUCAAACAUAUGAAAACAAUAACAUGGUUGAUAUGAAGAUGAAGAUGAACAUGAAUUGGGGUGCACCAGCAAAUGAAACAGCUUCUAUCAGUGCUCUUCCUUCACCUUCAUCAAGCCCACUUAAUUCCAAUCUUUCCAUGAAUUCUCUUCUUCUCAAGGCAUUGCAACUUACAGCCUUCCAUCAAAGGGGCGUUGAUGCUCAAUUUGGAACUCACCAUUUGAGCUGCUUCCAACCUUCUUCCUCUUCAAAAGUCUUUGACUCUUCAACGCAGCAGCAACAGCAGGAGCAACCAUUUAACUUGGACUCCCUAUGGUGACAGAGAUAACCCUUUCUUAAACUUUCUAAUAUGUCAGUUUCAAUAAGGUAAGUUUUAGGGAUUAGU